AUGGCUGCUCCUCGUACAUUUUUCGUCGGUGGUAACUUCAAGAUGAACGGCUCUCAGGAGUCUAUGAAGAAGAUUGUUGGCGCUUUGAACGAGAACAAGCUCAACGUUGGACAAGUCGAGACUGUUAUCUUCCCUCAAAACUUGUACCUUAUCCCUACCCGUGAGCAAGUCCGUAAGGAUAUCGGUGUUGGUGCUCAAAACGUUCAUGACAAGAAGAACGGUGCCUACACUGGUGAGAACAGCGCUGAAUCUUUGAUUGACGCUGGUAUCAACUACACCUUGACUGGUCACUCUGAGCGUCGUACUAUCUUCAAGGAAUCUGACGAGCUCGUCGCUGACAAGACUCAAUUCGCUAUUGAACAAGGUCUUACUGUUGUCGCUUGCAUUGGUGAAACCUUGGCUGAGCGUGAAGCCAACGAUACCAUCAAGGUCGUUGUUCGUCAAUUGAACGCUUUGGCUGACAAGGUCAACAACUGGUCUAAGGUUGUCGUUGCUUAUGAACCCGUCUGGGCCAUUGGUACCGGUAAGACUGCUACCCCCGCCCAAGCUCAAGAAGUUCAUGCUGAGAUCCGCAAGUGGGCUGCUCAAAGACUCGGCGCUCAAGUUGCUGAAGGCUUGCGCAUCAUCUAUGGUGGUUCCGUCAACGGUGGUAACUGCAAGGAGUUCCUCCAAUUCCCUGAUGUUGAUGGCUUUUUGGUUGGUGGUGCUUCUCUCAAGCCCGAAUUCCACAACAUUGUCAACAAAUGGUAG